AUGCCCAAGAUUUCCCCUGAAACCUCUGAGGCUUCCAAACCUCCCUUGGAUGAAAAACAAGAUUUAUUAUUUGAGGAGACUGCCAAUGCUUCUCAAGAAGGCCUUCUGAUCAAGGAAAAGAAGAAAGUUCCAUUGGAAGCAUGUUUCUCGAUGCGUGUCGUGAUCAUUAUCAUGAUUAUUUUCCUUCUCGUGACAUGUUCUGUAUUUAUUUGGUUAGCCUCGUUCAUUGGAUCGAAUCAAACCUUUACCGAGUUGGCUGAUUCACUGGUGUCUCAAGUUGGACAAAAGAUUUUGGCUUUUGUGGAUGGUCAAGUGACACCCAUUUCAGGAUUAGCAUGGGCCAUUGCGAGUGAAUUCACGAUGGGUCGAGUUGGAAGGCGUCCCAUUUCCUACCUGUUCAACAUGAAUGAGAUUUAUCGCUUCUCCAGUAUUGGUGUUUAUUUCGCAGAUGAGAUGUACACAUAUUUGAAUCAAACAUACUUUCCCAAUGGAGUGCCAACUCAACAAUUUGUAUUGGGAUACAAACAAGCAGGAUGGCCAGGUAUUGAGUUGUGGAAUGCCAAUGAAACAGAUGGUUCCAAACUCACCAUUUAUCAAAACAUUUCGAGUUUUUCUGUCGUGAAACGAGAUUAUUGGGUUGCCAGUUUCAAAUAUUUUGAUCUCUACAAACGAGACGGUGUGUAUGGUGAUUCGUAUGUGGCAACAGGCUCUUCGAAUGCCAUUUACUACAGUGCCAAGCUCUUUGAUCCCGAUCUCUAUGCUCUCAAUAAGACCAAGAAAGUGGUUGGAAUUUCCAAAGUCAAUUUGAGUUUGUUGGCCAUUCAAAAUUUCCUUUCCUCACUCAAAUUGAUUGGAAAUGGAUAUGUGGUGGUGGCAGAGCCAAAUGAUUUGGUAUUAGGCGGUUCUAUUAACACGACAGCUCGAGAUAGUGUUUCCAGAGUUUCGUUAUUUGGAUUAACAGAUCGAAAUUCUGGAUCCUUAAUGAGAGACAUUCGUGACAAGUAUGGAAAUAUGUCAAACAUUCCAAACUUUUUCCAAAUAACGAGUCUUGGAACUGACUAUAUGAUUUACAAGAUGGAAUACAAGACUGAAAAUCUUCGUUGGCUCGUGUACAUGGUCAUUUACAAGGAAGAUGUCACUCGUACCUCUACAAUCAACACUGGAAUAUCUGUUGGAGUUGCAGCAGCGGUCAUUAUUGUUGGUCUCAUUAUGUGUGUUCUCAUUGGUCAUAUUAUCACACAACCGUAUUUGAAAGCUCAGUUCAAGAAAAUUAAGAAAUUCGAUUUGGAGAAGGUUCAUUUCACUUCAAGUCGCUUCAAAGAAAUUGAUUCCAUCUAUGAGGAUUUGCAUGACAUGGUGACAUGGUUGCACGAAUUUAAGAGCUUCUUACCAGAGACUAUUUUCAAUCAAUUGAGAAAUUUUGAACAACAAGUCGAAGCAGAUGAUUCCGAAGAGAAGGUCAAGUCGUCUGCAGAUCAUGCCCAACAACAUGCCAAGACAGAUGGCAAUACAAAGAAACAACUCUCUGAUUCUCAAAGUAAGGUCGGAGAUGAUGCUGAGAACAGUUUGGCAAGUUCUUCUGCUGGAGGAAAAUUCUCCUUUUCUAAUUCUCAUCAGGAGAGCCAUCGAAAACAUGAGAGUGGAGGUCUUUCAGCGCUUUUCAAGUUGGGACUUCAAGAAAAGGAAGUGAGUGUGGUCACCAUUCGAAUUCAAGACAUGUGUAAGAAUUUGACAGCCACUCAAGUUUCUCACAUCUUUGCAAAAAUUGCUACUGGAUUGAGUGUUCUUUCCAAGUCCAUGCAAGCAGACUUGCAAGUAUUGAGUGUCGAUGAAUAUCAAUUAUCAUUCACCAAUAAUGGUAAAAAGAAAGCCAAUGUUCAAGCCCUGACAGCAGCUCUCAAAGUUUCAAAAACUCUCGACAAUUCUUUAAAUGGCAUUGAAAAGGCCACAGUAUGUAUUGGAAUUGCCUCUGGAGAGACGAACAUUGGUAAUUUGGGAACGAAUACUUUUAGAUUUUAUAGCAUUGUUGGACCGCUCAUUGAAACAUCGAAAAAGCUCUCCAUCUUGUGUCGUGUUAGAAAGUGUCGAAUUUUGGCCGAUGCCAAAACCAUGUCAGCUGAAGCGAAAAGUGCAUUUGUGGUGAGACCUGUGGAACGUCUCAUGAUUGAGGAUGAAAAGUUUAAAUCUUCCGUCUCAUCGAUUUAUGAAGUCAUUAAGGAAAGUAAUGUGGAAGGAGAUGAAUGGAUGUAUGAAUUGGAGCAACACAAAGAGAAUUCUCGAUUCAAAGAUUUUGAAGCAGCCUUCUCCAUCUUUGAAUCGUCUCAACUCUCUUCCAUGGAGGAUCGUCAAGUUCUUGAGAGAAUUCAUGAAGCUCAAAACAUUCUUCAAACUCAUGCACACAAACAUCCACAAGAUGCUGACAUGGCCAAUCGUUUACUAAAGGUCCUCGAUUCUAUUUGUAAACAACACAAGGAGGACGGUCAUUUGGGAGAUGCUUUGAUGAAUUAUCAUUCUGUAUUGAGAAAGAGUGUGGAUGAAUUUACCUCGAAUGCCAUGAGUGACGAACGAUUGUUAUUGAACUCGUAUUCAGUCAUGGAAUGA